GAGCCUCUGAGCGCAGCGUCCCGGCCACCAAGAUUGAAAUUACCGUGUCCUGCCGGAACCUGCUGGACCUCGACACCUUCUCCAAGUCCGACCCCAUGGUGGUGCUUUACAUGCAGAGCCGGGCCAGCCAGGAAUGGCGGGAGUUUGGACGGACCGAGGUGAUCGACAACACGCUGAACCCAGACUUCCUGCGCAAAUUCGUCCUCGACUAUUUCUUUGAGGAAAAGCAAAACCUGCGCUUCGAUGUGUACAACGUCGACUCUAAAACCAACGCCUCCAAGCCGAAGGAUUUCCUGGGACAAGCUUUCCUGGCCUUGGGAGAGGUGAUCGGAGGCCAGGGCAGCCGUGUAGAGCGAGCCCUCACGGGUGUACCAGGCAAGAAGUGUGGGACCAUAUUGCUGACCGCAGAGGAACUUAGCAAUUGUCGGGAUAUUGCCACCAUGCAGCUGUGUGCAAACAAGCUGGACAAGAAGGACUUCUUUGGGAAAUCAGACCCUUUCCUUGUGUUCUACAGGAGCAAUGAAGAUGGCACGUUCACCAUCUGCCACAAGACAGAAGUUGUGAAAAACACGCUGAAUCCUGUGUGGCAGCCCUUCAGCAUCCCUGUGCGGGCAUUGUGCAAUGGAGACUAUGACAGAACAGUGAAGAUUGAUGUGUAUGACUGGGACCGGGACGGAAGCCACGACUUCAUCGGUGAGUUCACCACCAGCUACAGAGAGCUGAGCAAGGCCCAGAACCAGUUCACCGUGUAUGAGGUACUUAACCCCCGGAAGAAAUGUAAGAAGAAGAAAUACGUCAACUCGGGAACUGUGACACUGCUCUCCUUCUCUGUGGACUCUGAAUUCACUUUUGUCGAUUAUAUCAAGGGAGGGACACAGCUGAACUUCACAGUAGCCAUUGACUUCACAGCUUCCAAUGGGAACCCCCUGCAGCCCACCUCCCUGCACUACAUGAGUCCCUAUCAGCUCAGCGCCUACGCCAUGGCCCUCAAGGCAGUGGGAGAAAUCAUCCAGGACUAUGACAGUGACAAGCUCUUCCCAGCCUACGGCUUUGGGGCCAAGCUGCCUCCAGAGGGACGGAUCUCCCACCAGUUCCCCCUGAACAACAAUGAUGAGGACCCCAACUGUGCAGGCAUCGAGGGCGUGCUAGAGAGCUACUCCCAGAGCCUGCGCACAGUGCAGCUCUACGGGCCCACCUGCUUCGCACCUGUCAUCAACCAGGUGGCCAGGGCUGCAGCCAAGAUCUCUGAUGGUUCCCAGUACUACGUUCUGCUCAUCAUCACCGAUGGGGUCAUCUCUGACAUGACACAGACCAAGGAAGCCAUUGUCAGUGCCUCCUCACUGCCCAUGUCUAUCAUUAUUGUCGGUGUGGGACCAGCCAUGUUUGAGGCGAUGGAAGAGUUGGAUGGUGAUGAUGUGCGCGUGUCCUCUAGGGGACGCUAUGCUGAGCGGGACAUCGUUCAGUUCGUUCCAUUCCGAGACUAUGUCGACCGUUCGGGGAACCAGGUGCUGAGCAUGGCCCGACUAGCCAAGGACGUGCUGGCUGAGAUCCCAGAGCAGCUACUGUCCUACAUGCGCACCAGGGACAUCCAGCCUCGCCCUCCACCCCCUGCCAACCCCAGCCCAACACCAGCUCCAGAGUAG